CGUUUCAAAUGAAGAGAAAGGAAAGCUCGUUUCCAUGAACAAUGAGGACGAAGAAGCAAGUUUCGAGCUAACUGAUCUAUUGAAAGCGUCAGCUGAAGGGUUAGGAAAGAGGACUUUCGGGAAUACUUACAAGGCAAUGAUGGUAGGCACUAGGCAGGUCAGCCGUAGCUGUGAAACGCCUUGGGGAUUUAAGACCAUUGAGCCAAGUUCUUCAUAUUCAAGCAUGAAGAGAAAGGAAACCUCAUCAGUCUCCUCCACGGAGCCAGAGGAACCCGGGACAGGAUUCCCUUCAGAUGGCGCUCCAGAUUAUCUGUUGCUCGCGGCGUGGCACGAGCAUCGGAAUAUCUUCAUGAGAACUCGAAAGAGGAACCCUCCGUCCCUUACGGGAAUUGAAACUGCAGCAAAGAGAGUCUCCAAGAAGUCAGUUGUCUGGACUUACGGUUGCCUUUCACUAGAAUUGCUGACGGGAAGAAUGUGGGUCAACACAGCUCCAGCAGGCAUCAACGGGGUGGACCUCUGCGGUUGGGUUCAUAGGGCGGUGAGAGAAGAAAGGACGGCUGAGAUACUUGACUUGGAGAUUGCUGUGCAGAGAAGCUCUACUCCGGGAUGGUGAAGCCCUUGCACAUUGCCAUCCGUUGCUAUGAUAAGGACACAGCGAAUCGGCCAGAGGUUACACAAGUAGCGAGAGAAGUGGAGAACAUAAAAAUUAUUGAAUCUG